AUGAAGCUGGAGGACUUGUUCAUCGACUACCUGCGUGCUGGGGGGUCCUGGCUCGAGUCGACCUUGGUGGUUUCGACCACUACGUCGAAGUCCAAGGAGAUGCAGGCUGAGGAGGUGUUCGUCAAGUACAUGGACCUGAAGAAGCAGCAUGGCGCCGUGACUGCGAAGAUGAUACGGGACGAAAAACGUCUGUUGCAGGAGGAGCAGGACAAGCGGAAGCUGAUGCCGAACGAGGAGCCCCCGCUGCCUUUCGUGUUUGCUCACCCUGAUCUUCCGGGAAGCGAGGACUGGGAGAUGAUCCGGGUGUUUGACACCGCGAAGGUUGUCGCCACAGACAAGAGGACACAGGAGGCCCAGCUCUCCACGGGGCCCAUGGAGCUGGAUGGCCAGCAGACAAGUGUGCCAGCAGCCCUCGGCUACACUGCUGGAUCCGGGAGCUCGAGUACUGGCCUGGCUCUCGCUGCUGGUCCUGUGCUACCGCAACCCCAAGGCCUCCGGAGCUUGGGCUCGAAGGAGUCCAUGGAGAAGGAGGCGGAGCAGCUGAAGAAGAUGCGAAAGCAGGGCAAAGGCGGCACAGCCGGGCAGGUGAGGACCAAGGCGAAGCAGGUGAGCGACAAGCUCACCGAAGCAGAUGAGUUGAUCCAGAAGGUGGUGGAGUGUGGGCACCUGUCCCAGCCGCUUCGCAAGGGCUAUGCGGAUGAGCUGUCGAUGCACAAGCAGACCCUUUCGGAGCACAUCGCCAAGCUGGAGGCUGACGACUUCGAUAAGGGCAGCGCCGAGACGGUGCAGCAGGCUUUCGAGGAGCUUACCGAGAAGCUCAAGGCCUACUCGGAUUCCGCUUCGAUGAUCAAGACGAAAGUUGACCUCAGCUUGACGGGCGCGGUGGAGAUGCUCCGAGAGGGCCACAAGGAAGUAGCCUCUACGGGUGGCACAUUGGGCCGGCUGGCUGAACGGCUCAGACGAGCUGGGAAGCUACCGGUCAUCCUCCCCCACGAGCUGCUAUGCUAUCUACGUGAUGAGAAGAUUCCUGAGGGGGAGGUUGAUGUGGAUGCUGUCCGUACCUACUGGCAGCAUUGCAAGCGAUACAUGGCUUGGGCGGGACAACACCCGGGGGCUGAUGAGUCGCUGGGCCCAUGUGUCCCCUUAUGGCUGUAUGGAGAUGACAUCCGGCACAGUGUGCGGGAGAAGCUGACAGCUUUUUAUAUGGGACACGUGUUGUCGAAAACUACAUUUUCGAUGAGGAAUCAUUUUCCGAUCUUCGUGAUACGGGAGGCCCUGAGCUGUGGCUUCGAAACGAUCCAAGCCUACCUUCGUCCUGUAGUGGCUUCGCUGAAUGUGUGCUUGAGUGGCUUCCACCCGGAGAAGCCAGUCCUCAGAACAAAUGGGGAUUGUGAAUGGCCGGACUGUGUGCCGACUACCGAUCAUGAUCGACCGCUCGUGCUGAAGAAUGGCCAGCCAGUUCGAUUUGCAAUGACAGAAUUGCGAGCGGAUUGGAAGUUCCACAAGGAUAGUCUUAGGCAUUCUCAACCGCUGUUCCAGGCCAAGCAUCUGCGAUCAAAGAAUGGCUCUGAAGUAGAAUUGGCAGCCAAAGCGUACAACGCUCGUGUCGUGACGAGCUGGUUGGCUGACUUUGUCGUGAACCUGCUUCAUGAAGACUCACAAAUUGCUCGUGUGGAGUACUGCCAGAAUGCCUCCCUCACCGCCUACGGACUGAACUUCCGCAUGUACCAUACAUUUGCAUCCGAAGAUGCAAAUGGCCGUUUGGUUCGUGUCUUCGCUAAAAUAUGGUGGUCUGCUGCAAUUAAUAUAAUCAAGCAUGCAUGCAUGGUGAGCAGCAGCACAGCUGAGGCAUAG